AUGUCACUGUUAGAGAUUUUAGAAAAGGCUCAAUCACUUGGUUUGAGUGGAGACCUCGCUCACGAGCUGAUUGAAAAACAGCAUCAGGCUGAGAGGGAAGAGCGCGCUGCCGAGCGAGAGGUAAAGAGAAUGGAAAUGGAAUAUGCCGAGGCUGAGAAGCGCCGAGCGCAUGAGAUUGAACUCGCUAAAAUCCAGUCAGGUCCUAAUGGUAAUCAUAGCAACACUAAUGCUCAUAUGUUUGAAGGACUCAGACUGCCUACUUUUGCUGACGGUCAGGAUGACCUAGAUAGUUAUUUGCAGCGGUUUGAACGUCUGGCGGAAUUACACGGGUGGAAGGUUGAAGAUUACCAUGUUUACCUAGGUACUUGUUUACGGGGUCAGGCACUUAAGGUUUACGUAUCUUUGCCAGAUGACAUCGUUAGAGACUAUACUCGCUUAAAAGAGGCUUUGUUGAGGGCUUAUUCUGUAGACGCAGAUUCUUAUCGGCGUAAGUUUCGUGAGAGCAGAUGUAAAGAUAAGGAGACGUAUGUCCAGUUAGUAAUUAGAAUGGAGCAGUACCUCGAUAGAUGGAUAACUAUGAGUAAUGUUGAGAAGAAAUACAGUAGCUUGUUCGAUUUUCUUGUCAGGGAACAAUUAUUAAAUAAUUGCAGUUCCGAUCUCCGCGUAUUUCUGAAGGAGAAAGGCUGUGAAACUGCGGUGGAAAUGGCAGAAGCCGCUGAUAGAUACCGUAGUGCACACUCAUAUCGAGUAAGUAAAUUUUCAAGGUCGGUGACUAAACAGUCUACAAAUAUUGAAAAUGAGAUUCAGUGUCAUGGAUGUGGGAAGUCGGGUCAUAUCAGGCCUAACUGCCCUAAUAACCCUAAGAACUUCAAAACUAAGAGUGAAUCCAAGGUUAAUUUUGUAUUUCAGUCCGAAAACUAA